GUUAUCAAAUUUGUCCAAAAGAAUCCCCUAUUAAAUCAUUCGUUAAAUCACUCAUUUUUUCUCUUUGAAGUCUCACCCUCCGAACAAUUUCAAUUUCCCCCCUUUCUGUCUGUCUGAUUUCUGUUCUCUCUCCUCGACUCCCCCUCCUACUUCUUCUCCCGUCGAAACUUUCAGAAUCUUCACUUGAAGAACCUCUCAGGAUUUUCUUCGCACUCAGAGAAAUGGAGGUGAUGAUGGAGCUUUCUCUCUCCUCAACCUCAUCUUUCUCCCAUGGCGAACCUUUUUUCGAUCCUCGACCACCUCAACCGUCUCCCAUAACUUCAAUAUCUGUCAACAUACGAAGCUUUUUUCUGUAGAUUCUAGGGUUUGUGCUGUGGAAAUUUGGUAGAAUUUUCAAUUUCUGUUUGAAAUUGAGCUAUUGGUGAUGGCGGAUAAGGAAUUAGGGUUUGUAAAGCCGAGUGCACCAAACUUAAAGGAACAACUUGCUAGGAAAACCUUAAAGAAUGUUAGAUUGCAGGGGCAUACAUAUGUUGAUCUUAGAGAAGAUGGGAAGCGAUUUAUUUUUUUCUGUACCUUGUGUUUGGCGCCGUGUUAUAGCGAGGAUGUUUUGCUUCAGCAUUUGAAAGGGAACCUCCAUAAGCAGAGGUAUGCUGCAGCUAAGGCCACAUUGAUAGGAGAGAAUCCUUGGCCUUUUAACGACGGUGUUCUUUUCUUUCAUAACUCUGAUGAAGAAGAGAAAGAUGCGCCAUCUCAAGGCUAUGAGAAAAAUAAGUUGUUGAAUGGUCAUGAACAUUCGAGCAAUCUUGCUAUCGUUAUUUACAGCGAUGUCUCAAAAUCAGUUGGUGAUGGGCAUACAAAUGGGAAUGAGGACAGUAGGGAUGAUUGUUUAGGUGAUGAUUUUCAGCCUCAUGAUGCAGACUUUGCUAAUGAGUUGGUAAUUCCCGGGGUUAUUGGCAAGGAAGAAGUAUCUGACCUACAUGUGAGACUAAUAGGAUAUGGGAAGAUUUCUGCAAGGAUUUCGGAAAAGGAUGGGGUUCAUAGUGGUAUUCAACGACUUUGGUGUGAAUGGUUGGGGAAGAGGGGCGGUGCAAGUAAUAAUAUACACUCUAUUCUGCCUUCACAUGACUUUGCUAUUGUGACUUUUGUUUACUAUUAUGACUUGGGAAGACAGGGGCUGUUUGACGAUAUUAAGACUUUAUUGAUUACUGGUGGGGAGGAUAGUAGUAAUGAUGGUGGCUCUACGAAGAGAAGAAAGAAAUCAACAUCUGAUUCAGAAGAUGUUAACGAGGCAUUGAGCCAACAGUGUUAUUCAUCCGGGGAGGAUUCUCAAAGUUCAUCUACCACAACGAGUUCAGCUUUGCUUUUUCAUCGUUAUGAUGACCAAAUUCUACAGUCUAGGAUCAUUUCUAACAAAUCUUUAAGGCGACAAUUAAGAAAGCAGCGCCGAACAGCAUCUGAGAAAAUGUGUGACAUCUGUCAACACAAAAUGUUGCCUGGAAAAGAUGUAGCUACUCUGUUGAAUCUGACUACUGGACGAUUUGCAUGCUCUAGCAGAAAUGUGCAUGGGGCAUUCCAUGUAUUCCAUACUUCCUGCCUCAUUCACUGGAUACUACUAUGUGAGCAUGAGAUGUUCAUGAAGCCGCCAGUGCUUCCCAAAGUGAGGCGCAGAUCAAAAAGGACAAAAUCUAAAGUCAAUCAGUUGGAGACAGAGUGCAAAGCAGAUAAUGUUGUCAAGCACAAGCAAACAAGGAAGGAAAGUGAAGAGAAGACAUCCAGUGACCAAAUCAAUUCAGUGUUUUGCCCAGAUUGCCAAGGCACCGGCUUGCACAUUGAAGGAGAUAAUUUGGAACAACCGAACGUACCUCUUUCAGAGAUGUUCAAAUAUAAAAUUAAGGUGAGCAAUACACAUAGAGCAUGGAUGAAAGAUCCAGAAGUGUUGGAGAAUUGCUCAACGGGAUUUUUGUUUCCAGCACAAGUAGAUGAUGCUGAGGGAAAGGUGGCCCACUUGAAGUUGCUACAAUUUUACAGGGCUGAUGAAGAGAGCUGGUGCCAGAGUUCCUGAAAUUCACUUGUUCUUAGCUACCAUUAAGCAAUGAGCAUGGUCUUCUUGCUACAAACAAUUGUGGAUGGUCUUCACUCUUCAGUAGAAUUUCCUGGUUUGGUUGAUAUCAUGCCUUGUACAUGGAUCUUUUUUAGUAGGAUAUAAAGGUUAGCUGUUGGAAUCUUAGUUGGAUGUAAAGAAGUAGCUGUGGAUAUUUGUAAAUCAAUGGUCAUUUGAUAGACUCACAGAUUAUGCUUCUACUCACAUGAAUUUUUAGCUAUCAAUAAUAGAGAAUGUUCGUAUAUACUACUAAUAAGCUCUCGAUUGUAGUGAAUACAUCUUAUUUUGCCAAUGUGUAGCAGAGACAACUUUAGGCUAUCUAGCAUUCAAGCAAUCAAGCUCUUGGUUCA